UUCACUACAGAAAGCCUAGCGUGAAACUUCUCAUUUGGAUUCUUUUAAAAAGAAAUCAAAGAAAAGGAAAUGGAUUGGGUCUAUAUUCCUGACAUUAAAAGCAUAACAUCUGUUUCAAAAAGAACAAUUGAUGCAUUUUCUACAAUUACCGAGACACUUGGGGUGAACUUUAAAUCAGAAACCACUGAUUUCCCAAGUCAACAAAUAAAAAGCACCAUCAAGAAGAUGAUGGCUUAUAGACAGAACAUGGAAUUUCCGGAAAUGGACAAGUUGUUUUACCUUUUGAGGGAGACGAUGUUCAGUGUUGUUGUGUCCACACAUAAUACAGCUAAUAGUAAAAAGUCCGUUGUAGAAAGGGUUCAGAAUAAACUCGUUCAGCUGGUUCCAUCCUCCAACAGCAUUCGGCCAAUUCCAACAUUUGAUAAGAUAAUUACAAAGGAGUAUUAUAGAAAGGUAGAUGAAAUGAAUAAACAGAUGAUGGCACACAAAAAUAUUUGCAAAGAACUUCAAAGACGAAAGGAGAUGUAUUUGACUGCUGAGAGAAAGAUAAAGAAAUGCGAAUCAUACUUGAAGCCCAUCGAGUUGUCAAGAUAUUUUAAUGCACACACGCUACCCAUCUCAAAGUUGAAAGCCAUAGAUGAAAACAUUAGACAUCUUCAGACCAAACUAAAUGAUAAAAAGCAAAAAGCAUCGGAAACAGCCAAGAUAUACCAAAUUAUUCUGACAAAAGAGAAAACAGCAAGAAAUGCUUUGAUAUUGCUCGAGACGGAACUAUUGGAUGACAUACAAUUCAACUUGGUAGAACGUCUACAGAGCGGACUAGUGUGUCUGAAAUACAUCUUAGCAUCACAAACUAACAAAUUCUAUGAACUACUUCCACAGAUUGACAAUGUUGACUGUCGAUUGGCUGCAGAAUCAAUUAUAGCGAAGCUUAGCUCCAAAUACCAGUUCAGUUCCCCAAAUCGACGGGGUGGUGACUUUCUAGUGCAAUAACGAAUGGAAUAUGUCUAUUAGUGUUUCAUUUGUGAUAUGUAGACGUAUAUAUGGGUUAAUCUGUGUGUUGAGAGUGAGAGUAUGCAUGUCUGUGUGAGACAUGGAAGACAUAUAUCUGUCUUUGUGAGUGUGAGAUGGUGCAUGUAUGAGUGAGACAUGGAAGACAUAUAUAUGUCUUUGUGAGUGUGAGAUGGUGCAUGUAUGAGUGAGAUAGUCCGAAUAUGCGCAUGUGGACUGAAAGACCAGAAUGCUUGCACUUUUUGUAUCUAUAUGAGUAUGCUUGGCUUUUUGGGUGAAAGGGGUUGAGUGAGGAAUCUGUGAGUUAAAUGUAUGUAUGUUUAU